AUGGCUCCCGUAGCAGCAAAGAAGGGCAAGGCACCCAAGGUGACCAAGAAGUUCAUCAUCAAUGCCUCCCAGCCGGCUAGCGACAAGAUCUUCGACGUCUCGGCCUUCGAGAAGUUCCUGAACGAGAAGAUCAAGGUCGAGGGCCGUGUCGGCAACCUUGGCGAGACCAUCAAGAUCAGCCAGCAGGGUGACGGCAAGAUCGAGAUCAUUGCCCACAAUGAGCUCUCCGGCCGGUACCUCAAGUACCUGACCAAGAAGUUCCUCAAGAAGCAGCAGCUCCGUGACUGGCUUCGCGUCGUCUCGACCUCGAAGGGAGUUUACGAGCUCAAGUUCUUCAACGUCGUUAACGACGAGGCUGAGGAGGAUGACGAGUAAAGCAUGCCCGCGUGUAUGGAGUCUCGGGAUGUUCUGGAAGGGAUACCAAAAUGGAAGGGGGAAAAGGGAUAGACGGCCUGUGCAUAGGGAAUAGUGAUCAACAUGGGAACUUAGUUCCCCUUGUCAUGAAUUCAACGAGCCAAAUGCCGUUCCGCAAUUGCGAAUGCUGGGUAUAUCUGCUUGCCCGUAUAUCUUUUCAUCAUGCCCUUCCCUCGUAGUCUUAAUCAUGGUAAC